CGUCAACCAGAGAGAGAGAGGAGGCCAGCCAGACUGUGAGCUGGUUUACAUCCUCACUCUGUCUACAAGUGUCCAUGUAGGUAUUCGCAGACGUGAGCCAAAACUGGAUUUAUUUAGGACGACUGAAGCCUGUGUAGCACCUGAUUUAUCAGGCAAAAUAUUGCUUUCUAUUUUGAGAGAGAAGUAGUAACAGAGAAAAGAAGAACUAAGAAAAAGUGCUCAACAGAUACAAGAAGACCGUCAAGCAAGUGCUGGUAGAACAGUCUGGGAGUCAGUUCCCAAAAUCUGACCAAUUACUUCACUUCUGGGGUGGGGUCUGUCCAUUCUCCUCCCCCUGCACCCACCCACAUGGGUUCAAAAUCUGCAUCACUUUGAUAUCCCUCUGCUCUUUAACUUGGUUCCCCCUCUGCGUGCAGUUUACUGUCAGUGCUGUUGUUCUCCAACAGAGCGGGGAGACAUUAACGGGUCAUGCCACUCAAAGUCGUGUUGGUCGGUCCGGCCCCCUGGGGGUUUCGCCUGACAGGAGGAAAGGACUUCAACCAGCCCCUGACCAUCUCCAGGAUCACCCCCGGCAGUAAGGCAGCCGUAGCCAACUUGUGUGCCGGUGAUGUCGUCCUGGCCAUCGAGGGAUUCCCAGCCACAGACAUGCUGCACAGCGAAGCCCAGAACAAGAUAAAAGAGUCAACCCAUCAGCUCGGUCUUACUGUUGAAAGGAAUGAAUCGAGACUGUGGACACCACGUGUUGUGGAGGACGGCAAAGCUCACCCAUAUAAAAUGAACUUAGAAGCAGAGCAGCAGGAAUACAAACCUAUUGGCACGGGUCACAACCGGAAAGCUCAGCCAUUUGUUGCGGCAGCGAACAUCGAUGACACGCAUCAGGUGGUCAGUUCAGCCUACAACACCCCGAUAGGCCUGUACUCCUCAGGCAACAUCCAGGACGCCAUGGAGGGCCAGAUCCGAGGCCUGGCUCUACCCAAACCUGAGAGUCCCAGAACUUUGGCUAGCAUCGAGGACUCUGACGUGUACCAGAUGUUACAGAGAGACCAGGAGGAGCCCCAGGAGCCUCGGCAGUCUGGCUCGUUCCGAGCCCUGCAGGACUUUAUUGACAGUGAUGGCACUCGUCCCAUUGUGACCAGGACAGUAAAAGCCCCGACAAACAAACCAACUACGCCCACAGGAAACCUGCAGAAGCUGCCCGUCUGCGACAAGUGUGGGAAUGGGAUUGUCGGGACGGUGGUCAAAGCACGAGACAAAUAUCGUCACCCCGGUUGCUUUGUGUGCUCCGACUGUGACGUCAACCUCAAACAGAAGGGCUAUUUCUUCGUGGAGGAGCAGCUGUACUGUGAGACUCACGCUCGCGCUAGAAUGAGACCACCAGAGGGACACGACCUCAUCACAACUUUCCCUUCUGCAUAGAUUCAUGGCAAACAGACACACAUACAAACAGACACUUCUGUGUCCUACAUCUGUUUUGUGUGUUUAUCUGCACUUGUUUAUCUGAUGUUGUCUAUGUGCAAUGAUAUAUCGAUAAGAAUACACUUUACUCCCUGAUCUUUACAGCAAGAUGUUUUCUCUGUGUAGGAACAUGUCACAGUUGAACAGCCUGGUUGUUUAGCAGCAGUGACUACAAAACACACUGAGACUUGCCUCUUUCAUUUUGCCACUUUCUCAUAAUUCAAUGUCUUUGCAAUAAAGACCUUUUGCUCAUACUG